AUGACAACUGACACAAAUAACAAUGACCAUGAUACUACUUGCGGAACGUUCCAACCUGUUCCAACCUUUUACCCAGUGGCGUCCCACGCGUGCCGGUGGCGGGGAGUUGUUGUCUCGUCGGACCUCCCACAGUCCACCACACCAGAAAUCGGGGCGCCCCUUAACCUCCUGAAUCGUAUGAUACCUUACCUCAAGGUUUUUCGAGAUCCGGGGAUCUGGAAUGUCAUCAGAAGAGAGGUCGUCGGGGGCCGGGCUCAGCGGUGCCCUCUGCGCCAAGCAGAACCACCAGCUCUGCCUGCACCUGGGCCAUCCUGUGCCCUGUCUGUGCUGCUCUUGGAGCCUAAACUCUACAAAUCCAUUAUCGAAGAUGUGAUUCAAGGUGUUCGGGAACUCUUUGCAGAAGAAGGCAUAGAGGAGCAGGUUCUGAAAGACUUGAAGCAGCUUUGGGAAACCAAGGUGAUGCAGUCCAAAGCAACAGAAGGCUUCUUCAGACCUAGCCACCACUCACCACAGUUCACUGUGCAAUUACCACACAGUUUUCAUCGUGCUCUGCAGGCUUCAGCAGCUUCUUUAGUCAUCCCAACUGGCAGGGGCUUCCAGCACUUCACAGCAGCAGACCUGGGCGCUCUGCAGCCAGGCACGGCUGUUGCUCUCCCUUCGGGUGUUGCUUAUCCCCUGCAUGUCCCUGCUGGAGUGACGCUACAGACGGCAUGUGGGCACCUUUACAAGGUAAACAUGCCUGUUAUGGUGGCGCAGGCUCCAGGAGAGGCACAUGUUCUGCAGCACCCGAUUCAGAUAUUCCAGCAGCUUGGGCAGCCUUCAGUUGUGCAGGCCGGUGUUGCCCGUGUGGUGCAGGGGAGUGCUGCCGCUGGGCAGGCAGCUGCCAAAAUGCUGCAGCCCCAGGAGCCAGCUGCCCGACAGACUGCAGUGCUGCGACAGGGUGACGUGGAAGGAAGGUGCUCAGAAAGCUCCACAAACACCACACUGCUUCAGCAGCAAAUUGCAGCUAAUGUGACAUUGAAUCAGCAGGCAGACUUGACAGAAAAACCCCAGUACAACAAUAUCCAUACAACCAACCUCGUGCCAGAUGUGGAGGGGCAGCCUGAGCCAGCGGCACCUGUGUCACUGCAGCAGCAGGUGCCUGAUGAUCUCCUGGAGCUGCUCAUCAUGGGCAGCAGUCCGGACCGUGAUGCUGUCCUGAAAGAGCAGGGCAGUGCUGCCCUUGCUGGCAAGGUGGAAUCUGCUGGACAGAUGGAACCCAAUUUAUGCCCAGGGAAGGAGAUCUGCAGUGACAUUGAAGGCAUAAUUCAGCUAGACGGAGCUGGCGAUUUUUCUCCCAAGGAAGAACCAGCACAUAAAAAAGAUAUGGAAGAGAAUGAAUUCAUUGGCUUUAUUGAAUCAGAGGAUCUAAAAGUUCUGGAGGAUGAGGAUGAAGAGGAGGAUGAGGAAGGGGACAGCCUUUCAAACACAGAGUCAAGCAGCAGUAGCAGUGAUAAUGAAGAACCUCAGAUAGAUGUAGUUGAGGAGGACCCCCUAAAUUCUGGUGAUGAUGUCAGUGAACAGGACACGCCUGACUUGUUUGACACGGAUAAUGUGAUAGUUUGUCAGUAUGACAAGAUACAUCGAAGUAAGAACAAGUGGAAGUUUUACUUAAAAGAUGGAGUGAUGUGCUUUGGGGGUAAAGACUAUGUUUUUGCAAAAGCUAUUGGAGAUGCAGAGUGGUGAAACUUCACUGAAAUAGGUACUGUAAUGAGUGUGGAUUUACUCCCUUAUGAACAUUCUGUGAAACAGCUAAACACUCC